GGUCCGUCAGUCAGUUUUUUCCCCGUCUUCUCGCUGUGGCUCACUGGCCGAUUCGCUUUUUCGUGUUCCGCCGCGAAGCUCCCGUUAGCUUUGGUGCUGCUGCGUUUUUUUUCACUUUACCGCGCGCGCGUCCCUGUGCCAAAUGGCCGCUGCCCUCUAAAGUGGAAUCCUUUUUCGACGACCAGUGGCGGCGCAUCUUCCGGAAGGCGUCUUGGUGCGUGCGACGGAUUCGUGGAAGGGAGGAGAAAGGUUGUCCCUCCGGGGGAAGUGCCCCGCAGAGCUCCUGCCCCCGCGCAGUGAAAGUGAUUUGGAGGAGGAGGUGGAGGAGCAAAAAAGUGAACUAAAUUUGGAUUAAACAGUUUGUUAUUGCUGGAAGGAAAAGAGGAUUACCACCGGUGGAACCGUGUUCCGGCGGAGAAUCUCCCCGCCGUCGUCACAGUUGCAGUUGCGGCGUUCCCCCCGGGAGAUGACGAAUCGCUUUUGGCAGGUGUAACGAAGAAUUGCGACAUUCACCCACAGACGGAAUAAACAAAUUUUCGGGGCGGAGGAGGAGGGAGAGAACCUUCCCUGAGGGCAGCGCCCUCCCGCGGCCAUCCCCUGUUUGCUAGAGGUCACACAGAAAGCAUCAUCAUCAUCGUCGGAGAAUGAGUUUCUUCACCUCGUUCCAGGAGUUGCUGGACUUUGACCACUCCACCAACCUGAAUGGCUUCCACUUCUCCAACAGCCUGUUCGGCUUCGACUCGAACUCGCUGCCAACGCUGGAGAACCUGCCCCCACCGGUUCCGACGACUCCGCUGGCCCCGCCCCCCACUACGCUAGACCUGCCCCCACCGCCAGCCUGCUCCCCGCUCCAGCUCGCACGCAAUCCCUCCCCGCUGUUGGAAACGCCCACCAAGGCGUUGACGCCACAACUCUCGCCGGAAGUGCACUACAAUCAUCACGUGCCCCAGCUGCAGCCACCUUCGGUGGCCACGCCGGCGCCUCCGGCGCCCAAGUUCCAGCUCAAGGUCACGCCCAACAACGAGAUCUACAUCUCGAACGAGUCGGGCACGUUCUGCGAGCUGGCCGGAAGUUUCGUUCCGUCGUCGCCGCUGCGGGGUUCGCCGGAAAUGGUUCUCGAAGAGGAGGCGGUGCCGGAACCCGCGCCCAAAACGCUGUUCUGCGUCGAGCGAAGUGGCCUCAAGCGGCCACUGUCCCCCUCAGACCGACGGUACGGCACGUCCGGAAUCUUCCACGUGCGUGGGUCGCCCAGCAAGAAGAAAUCUACCUCGGCCGGCGCUGGCGCCGAUGGCCACGGGUCGGCCCAGCCGGAGGGCGCCAAACUGGUCGUCUCGAACGUCAUCAACAACGGGCUGAUCGUCAACAAGAAGCACCUGUCGACGACGGGCGAGGAAGCGAUGGCACCGACGACGGUGGCCGUCACCACGCCGGAACGGCGCAUCAUGCGGCCAAAGAAGCGCAAGAGGAAAAUCCCACCGAAAGCGGCGGUCACGCUGGAAGCGAAGCUGGAACCGCCGAACGGGCGGAUCGUGACGAAGGUGGUCCCGAAAGCGAGGAGGAAGGAGGAGGAAAGCACCCUCAACUUUUCCGGCAUCAAGGAGAAGGCCGCGCAGGAAGCGAUCUUUACGGAAAAGGUGCCGGAAGUGGUGGUGGUGCCGCCGCCGCCGAAGAAGAACGGACUGAAUGGGACCAGUUUGGGGACGGUUGUGGCGGCGGCGGCGAAGGAGGUUAGCAGGGAGGAGCAGCAGCUGCCGGAAGUGCAGGAGAUUAGGGGGUCGGAGGAGGGGGCGGUCGUCGCGCCGACCAGUCCGAGCAGUCCGGUGGAGCUGAAGGUCGUGGCGGAUUUGGUCAUGGACAAGGAGGUGUUUGGGCAUAUCUCGUUGCUGAACACCUCCCCGGACCGCGGCAAAACCGUCAUCUACCAGAACCCGGUCACGAGCCGGAACGUCAUCUACAGCAUCCUGAACCCCAAGUCGCUGAACCUGGCGCUGGCCGGCGUCGACCGGUCCACGACGGCAACGCUAACCCUGCAGCCUCACCGCGGUGGCCGCAAACCUAAAAAGCGCGGCCGCAAGCCAAAGGCUUCAGCUGAGAACAACGGCGGAGUGGAGCAGGAAGGUGCUUCCGCGGUGCCCGCGGCGGAGCCGCUCGACCCGUCCGUCCCGGUGAUGGUGACGCGCUCGGGGAGGUUGAGCAAACCGCCUCGCUACGCGAACAACUUCUUCCAGAACAUGAAGCAGAAGGGGUUGGAGCCUUCGGCUCCGCUGGAUCCGCCUCCACCGCCACCGCCACUGCCUCCGCCGCUGCUGCCGGAUCCGGAGACGGCGGAAAAGUUGCCUAAUUUUUCGGCGGCGCUGAACUCGGUGGAGGAGCAGCAGAAGGUCGAGCAGGUUCAGAAGAGGAAAAUGACCGUUCCGCUGCAGUACCGGUGUGCGACCUGCAACAAGAUCUACCUCGGCAAGCGAAUGCAGAGGCACCUGCAAAAGUACCCGAGUCACAACUCGGCCGAGGGGGAACGGGGGGAGGGCGGCGAGGCGGGCGCAGCCCGCAAGGACAAGGAGGAAAAGUCGACGUACUUGUACAAGCAUUUGUUCGACCUGCUGCAGCGGUUCACCGAAAAGGACAAGGGCCGGAUCAUGCUGAAGGAGAUCAGCAACUUUGUGGACUUUGUACGGGCGUUGAUCCCGCGCCUCAUCACAAACGACGAGCAGAACUCCACCGUCGAGUACAUCGACCACAACGUGGCGGACGUGCUGCGGCUCAACCACGGCAAGUACCGCCUCAAGCUGUCCUCGCUCGCGGAAGAGUACGAGAAGCUGAACCUCACGGUGAACCUGCUGGACGGCGAUCACGACGAAGUGGCCCCACCCAACCCCCACCCCCCAAUCACGAGCACCCCCAACGCGGACCGCGCCACCUUCUCCUUCAACGCGGACGACCUCCUCAACCAGUCCAGCUCGUUUCCCAGCCUGACGACGCUGAUGCACGAACACCACGUGCUGAACACGAUGCUGGCACCCGCCACCAACAACAAUCACUACUUGUACAACAACAAUGUGCCCCAGCAGCAGCAGCAGUUGCUGACUCAACCACAACAACACUACACUCACAAUCACCAUCACCAUCUCAACAGCUUGCCGGCAGUGUUGCAGGAAGAGCCGGUCGUGGUGAGUCAGCCCCUGGCGGGGCUGUGCAAGAGUCCGGUGCAGCAUCACCACCAUCUGAAUCAUCAUCAUGGGGCGGCGUCGGCGGGGAUGGUCAAUAUGGCGCUGAAUUUGUACUGAAGAAGUUGGGGGGAGAAUUGUGCAUGGAACUACAAAUUAUUUGUAAUGGGACAACACAAAACAGAGCAAGCUUUUCUCGAAGGAAGAGAAAUAUUAAAAAAGGGGAGAAACACACAACACAACAAAACAAUAAUACAAAGCAGAAUGGUUUUAAAUUGAGUCUAAUCAGUAUACAAAGAAAAAAAAAGGAUAAUAAAUUAAUUGAAUGAUAUAGUAGAAAAAAGA